GAAACCGAUUGACAGUGCGGUAAAAAUAGAACGUGUUAGAACACGAAUGUACGCUUCGAUAAAUGUCUGCAAUAUUUAUGAAACAUUAUCAGGGAUACGGUUUUGUUGAAGAUGGCAUAUUUGAACUUACUCUUAUCAACAAAUAUGAUGUCAGACAGUGGAGAAAGCCUUCCCCAUCUGCCCCCCGACUCGCCAGGCAGUUCUGUGUCGUCAAGGUUACAGGAGGAGUACGAUGAGCUGCUGAAGUAUGCCGUCGUCUUGCCCAACUACGACCCCAAGAAAACCCGACUGACCAUCACCGACGCCCACUCCUCCUUCCCCCAGGCCCCAACCGGACGGGGCAUCGCCAUCAACACCCUCCCCACAAGGACCUCAGGGCAAGCCGAUCUUGAAAUGGACAAAGGUCAACCAGAAUUAGGGCUCAAGGGCAUUCCAGGAGGGUCACAGGUCAGAUCCAACAUGCCUGACUUCGGACAGAGUCCAAUCGGCUCCAGAGAUGGGGACAAUGUUGAUGAGGAUGACUUUGAACUGGAACAGCCAGACAAGUCAACUCCACGUGUGUCAAGUCAGUACUCCGCACCAAGACAGACGUACUUCCCCGACCCCGAGAUGGAGAGAGAGGAGGAGCGAGUGAUAGAAGAGACCGUUUAUACCUCCACUGUAGAUCCGGAUGUUGCCCGGAUGGAGAACGUUCUCGACCAGUGGACGCUUGACCUCAAAAGAAAUGUGCUUGCUGAAUUUGGUCAGUCCAAGAUCCGGAUUGUUGAGAGGAGCAGACUGGAACUGCAGAAGGAGAGGGAAAGGUUUGUGUCGGACAAGAACCAGAUGAUGAAUGAGAUCGAUAAGCUGAAGGAGCUGCUUCACACGUACGAGCAGUCCAUCGAGCGGAAGGACCAGGUGAUCUCCAACCUCACCCACGCCCUGCACAAACAGAGGGAGAAGUUCGACAUGCUCAAGAAGUUCACCGAGUGGAAGCUCCGCCACAAUGACCUGAAGCGAGAGGCAUUUGCCAGUAACCUGGCCAGGAAGCACUACGAGAGAAGUCUGUCGGCUAAGGUAUGGGCAGCCUGGCACUCAGUCAUAGAAACAAAGUGGCGUCAUCGCGUGGAGAAGGCGUGUCAGUCCAAGGCGCAGGACGUGUGUCUGCAACUCACCAAUGAAUACGAAGCCAAAAUCAGACAGCUGAACGAGGAGCUGGAGGCUGCACAUGUAAAGAUCGGGCGGAUGAACGUGGAGCGGGAGCACUAUGAGGAGGCAAUGAAGAAGGCGUUCAUGAGAGGAGUGUGUGCCCUCAACCUGGAGGCCAUGACCAUGUUCCACGGGGAGGAGGAGGGGGAGGAGGGACAAGCUUCUACUGGGAAGCGUGUUUCCCCUGAUGAUAUAGCAGACAAUCUGGACAGUUAUGCCCUGGACAAAGCUUACGGUCACUCCAAGACAAUACCGCAGGAGGCUGUCUACAUGUCUAAACCGUCCGACCCCGCCCCGCCUCGUAUAGUCACCAGCCAGGGGUCACGUACAUCAACAGUGUCACAGCCUAGAUCAAGUGUGUCAUCUCGUCCCACCAGCGCCACAUCAUCUUCACAUCGCGGCAAGGUCAUCACUGCUAAGGUCACUGCCAAGGUCGAUUCGGGAAAGUCAACUCGUGGUCAGACAGCAUCAGGCGCCACCUUAGCUCCUCCCAUGGCAUCUGUCAUCGUUGAGAGGCAUCAGCCUGUCACCAAGCAAACAAUUGGGAAAGCAGCAGCCAGCAAGUUCCCAUCACAGCAAGGAGGUCAGAUCUUCAAGAGGUUAGCAGGUCAAGGGUCACCGGUCGUGCUCUCACCACACAUCCAGUCGGUCAAGGUCGUGGACUGACACUGGAGAAUGUACAAGCGAAACGGCUGUGCUGAGAUAAAUUCACAGAACUGGACAGUGAAAGUGAUUGUGAUGACUUUGACAAUACAGCUUAAAAGAUU